UCUCUCUCUACUUUGCCUUCUCAGUCUCUCUCUCUCUCUCUCUCUCUCUCUCUCUCCUCUGUUGCCGGCGAUUCAGCAAGUGAAGUCCAACUCAGUGAGUGAUGGGUGGCCAGUUACGUUACGAGAUCGCACAAAAUGCCUACGUAAAGCUAGUGCUACACGCUCUCAAGCACAAGACCUCCGCCGUCAACGGCAUCCUCCUCGGUCGCGUCUCCCCCCACAACGACAUCGUGGAGAUCACCGAUUCCGUCCCUCUCUUCCACUCCCACAUCGGCCUCCUCCCCCAGCUCGAGAUCUCCCUCAUCCUGAUAGAGGAGCACUUUGCUGCUAAAGGAGUGAGCAUAGUGGGGUAUUUCCAUGCUAACGAGAGGUUUGACGAUCACGAGCUCGGCGGCAUUGCCAAGAAUGUCGGCGAUCACAUUUAUCGCUACCUUCCUCAAGCCGCAAUUCUUUUGCUUGAUAACAGGAAGCUUGAAGCUUUGCCGAAGACUAAGGACCGGAGCCCCGUAGUGCAGCUCUACACGAAGGAUGCAUCCAGGACUUGGAAGUUAGUUGGAUCGGAUGGAAACCAGUUGACCAUCAAGGAGCCAUCAGCAAAUGUUGUUCUAUUGGAUUACAUCUCUACUGAAAAAUGGCAGGAUGUUGUAGAUUUCGAUGAUCACCUCGAUGACAUUAGCAAGGACUGGCUGAACCCAGAACUAUUCAAGUAAAUCGGCCAUCCCUGUCGUUAUUGCAAAUGGCUCCAUGCUUAACUCAGUUUCUCGUGCUGGGUUUAGAGGACAAGGGGGCAUACAUUGACGUCAAGCUCAUCACUUUCUUUUUUGUAAGGAAUUUUCAGAGAUGUAAAAAACUGGAUAUCAAUUAUCUUCUCAUACUUUUACGUUCGACGCCAUAGGGUUUCAGCAUCUUCUUUUGUGGACCACUUCAAAUGAGGUUUAUGGUUUGGUUGUAGAAUUGGAACAAAAAUGUCAAUUCAGUUUUGCACCUCAAGUUA